AACAGAAGACUAAACGUCAAAUAACGGCAUGUAUGACCGAUCAUAUCACCGUUCUCCUAUAUAAUAAUCCAAUCCACUAACCACCCAAUGAUUCGCCGGACAUCAACAACCUCCGCCGCUUCUGCACCGUCUCCGCCGUUUUUGUUUCCGGUCCGCUAAUUUUGAUCCGGAACAAGUAUCGUUUUGGUAGCAUUUUAGAUCUAAUUUCUGAAUAUUUUUCAAAAUAAGAUGAGUUUUGAUCGAAUGGGGGUUAUCGAAAAUAUUGAAAACACAUCGUUUGAAUCCGUCAAGAAAUCAGAUAAAAGUUCCACGCUCAUGGAAUCAAAGAACAGUGAUUUGUGUCCCAUAACUCCGUAUUUGACCGAAGAAAAAAUCAAAGUUACCUCAAGAUUGAAUGAGGACUUAUCAACUCCGGUUGAAGAUGUUUUUGACAUGUGUGUUUCGGGUUCAAACCAAAAGAACAAUCUUGGAACAUCUGCUGCAAAGAAAAAACUAGUUUUUAGUUCCAAUGAAUUUGUGUCCGAAAACGGGUGUGAAAACGGUUCAUUAAUGGAGACUGUGUAUGAGUCUGUUUUGGAAGAUAUUAUUUGUAAACAGGCAGAGGAUAUUCUUGCAGAGAUCUUGGUUUCUGGUUCGAGUCGUGAUGUGCUCAAGACCCCACCUUCUGCGGCUCGAGCCGAUGGGUUAGUUGAGACGUGCCCAGGUGCGCCUAUGAAGCGAAAGCAGGUCAGAAAUAAGAGGACUGUGGACAUGAGUUUGUGUAGGAAGCUUGAUUUUGAUUCUUGUGUUUGAUCAUUGGCGAUACUUUGAUUGAAUAAUUGAUUGAUUGAUUGGUGAUUUUAUGGCUGAUAUUAGUUUCUUGUAAAUUUAAUUUAAUUUGAGAUUGAUGUUUUUUUCUUAUGUAUUUAUUCAUAUGCGUAGAACUAUAGAAACCAUGUUUGUUUUCGGUUU